GGUAUGGCGCUUUUAAAAAUAACUGUUUUCGUAAAAGAGAGAGAUAUAUCUUAUAUAAUGUACGCGAUACAACAAAAUAGUUUCUAACAUUUGCGUUAUGAUUGAUUUGUUAUUUGUUUUUAUUCGUUGUGUUUAGAUUUCCAGAAUAAAAUAAUCACUUAAACACAAUACUCGGCUGUGAGAUUCACCAGAGCGACCAGACGGCGGGCAGACGGACUGACUGCAUCUCGAUUGCUAAUGUCUGUGUUGCGGGAUGCAGACGCGGUCUCCUGAUGCGGCUCCUCCGCCUCCAGUCUCGACCGGAGCCACUCUGAGCUGAAACCCACAAAGAGGAACGAUGGACGCAUCAUGCACGGAGCGGCCUGCCUGUGAUGCUCGGGGCUGAGGAGGACAGCGGCUGAGGAGGACAGCGGCUGAGGAGGAGAUGGGCUGCACCUCGGCCAAGCAGGUGUCGGCCGUGUCCAACGGUGAGGAGGGCCGGAGUAAAGCCUACAGCAACGGGGACCUGCUCUCCGAUGAGUACAAGACAAAAGGAGUGGAGAAAGUCAAGUACAUCAGUGGAGAGGAGGGAGGAGGGGACAACCAGGACAGUACAGAGAAAUGUGCCCUACUUGGCAGAGGUCAAAACACAGCAGAAGACACAGGACCAAAUGGAAAUGGAAAGAUACUGAGUAUCCACUCGUCAGAGAGUCAGCAGGAGUUCUUCAGGAUGUUGGAUGAGAAGAUCGAAAAGGGGCGGGACUACUGCUCAGAGGAGGAGGAUGGGACAUAGCACUGUGGUCGUGUGUCCAUCAGUCCCAGAGGGAAAGGAGCUGUGGUGACAUUAUGGAUGGACUGUACCAUAUAAAUUCAUAUCUGGGAGGUCUCUGUCUUGUUUUGACUGUCCUGUGUACACGCUCAAGAAGACUGGACUACUGACUUGAAUGAAGCACCUUUUGCCCUCCUGUUUUCCAACCCUUUCCACUCGGUAGCUCCUCAUCCGAUCACCUGCCCGGGGAAACGCACUGUUAAGGUCCAAGCUUGUCUCAGUGUCUGUGAUUUAUCGAGGUUCUUCGAAACGAUGGCGCCACAUUUAUGUUUACCUCCUCCUGCGAACCGAGCGAGCACGACACCCGUCUGGACAGAACCGCUCUCAUGAUGAAACGAAGCCAUUAGGAGGAUGACAGAGAUUGUGGGAUCUUAAGAGAAACACUUGACUUUUCAUCCCGUGCUCGGAAAGCUCCUGGGAGGCCGGUGUUCACGGCCGUCACCGAGACGGGCUGUAUGCGUUUGAGACACUCAGGCUGCUGCAGAUGUAAGCGGGUGACAGCAGAACUAGAGAUGCUCUUGUUGACACUGAACAAUAGAGAAUAUGUCUCCAGCUGAAUCUCUCAAUACUUCAUCCUUGAAUGCAUCCCUGCAAAAAAAAAAAAAAAAAAAAAAGAAAGAAAAAAAAUCA